AUUUUCCCGCCCUUUUGUUUUUGUUUGUUUCAACUUUCAGCACCUUCCACCAACACCCUUCAUUAGCAGCGUCAUCUCUGAUCUCUUCUAGCUCAACUGCAUAGUGCGUAGAUACAGAUCUUCUAGAUUAAUUGGUCUUCUAUCAGAUCCCCAGUCGUCAUAUUCAAAAUUUCGAGGAAUCGUUAGAGGAUAUGGAUACAUCAAGCCCUGCAAUUUUUGUUAAUGGAGAGUCGUUGCAGAUGUAUGUAGGGAAAAAGGUUCGAUCAGUGGUUCAAGUUAUUAAAUCUGAUGGUGGAGACAUGAUUGGAAAAUCUACAGACGAACAUCAAUGGACUAUAAAGGGCUUGUCAUCUGCUCCUCUUAUGAGUUAUGUGGAGGUUAUUGGUGUUGCUGAGAGCAACCAAUCAAUCUGUGCUGAAUUAUGGACCGACUUUGGCAAAACAUUUGAUGCCUACUCUUACAAUCAACUAUGCCAACUUGCAAACGGGGAAUUCAAAGCUUUAUUUCUCUAGGAGCGUACCGUGGAGCUUCCAAAGCCUUGCUUCUGUGCGGAGUAGCUACUGCAAUCAUGGUGAAGUUGGGAUUGUAAAGGAAAGUAGUUUAGUUACUAUUUCAUGUGUUGAUUAAGACUGACGAUAUUUGCAAGGCCUAGGUUUUUCUGAAUUGCUGUUCAGAUUCUGUCUUGUUAACGUAAUCAUAUGGAGCAGGGUUUUCUAUUA